AUGUGGAGUGCAGGAUGCAUGGAGCAAUGGAUGCCAACAGCAGCGAUGGUGGUCACGAACAUCGUGAUUGCCGUCAUGACUGCGCUUCUCAAGCAGGCGCUGAACCAGGGGAUGAACCGGCUGGUCCUCAUCACUUUCAGGCAGAUGCUGGCCACUGUAUUCCUUGGCCCCAUUGCCUACUUCAAGGAAAGAAAGAGAAGACCAAAGUUCACUGCUGAGGUCUUUGUGUACAUGUUCCUUAGUGGAAUCCUCGGUCCGGUGCUGCUUCAGUACACGCUCUUCGUCGGAUUGGAGUACACAACAGCAACAUUUGCUGCAACUUUCUCGAAUCUGCUCCCAGUGGUUACCUUCUUGAUAUCACUCGCUUUCGGGUAUGAGGCCCUAGAGGUGAGGAGCAAGUCGGGAAGCGCCAAGAUGUCAGGCACUCUGGUGUCCCUCACCGGAGCCAUGCUGCUCACCUUCUACAAGGGCACAUCCCUCACCCACCACCACCAUUUAGCAUCCUCUCCACCCAGCACCCCAGUGGUCGUGUCCAGCGACGUUAACGACCAUGGGCACGCCAGCGCGGUGCGAUGGGUGCUGGGCUCAGUGUCGAUGCUGGCCAACGUCGUCGGCUUCGCGGUGUGGCUGCUGCUGCAGCGUCUGCUCAUGCGAAGGUACCCUGCGGUGUACUCUGCCACAGCUGUCAUGUCCCUGCUCAGCUUCGUACAGGCGGGGGCUCUGGCGCUGUCAACGCAGCGGAUCACCGUGGAGAUGUGGAAGCUCAGGGGCACCGUGGAGAUCGCCGCUGCCGUGUACUGCGGCGUGGUGGCUUCUGGGAUCGGGUACCUCUUGCUGACGUACUGCGUGGAGAAGAGGGGCCCGGUGUUCACCGCGGCCUUCAGCCCGCUGUCCCAGAUGUUUGUCGCCGGCAUCGACCUUUUCUUCCUCCAUGAGCCACUCUACCUCGGAAGUGUGCUGGGGUCAGUGCUGGUGAUCAUGGGGCUCUACCUUGUCCUGUGGGGCAAGAGGGAGGAAGCUGCCGCCGCAGCCUCGGCGGCUCCGGUGAAGCCGGUGCCCGUGCAGGUAGCAGCUGGUCAGGGAGACGUGGCAGAGCAGCAGGAGAGAGUGUGACUCUGAUCUGUACAUAUCUGUUAAGACUUAAGAGAACCUGAUCCAGAUUGACACACCGCCAUGUAUGAUGAUCUUCCAGGCUCCGAUUAGCAGCCAUCCCAUGGGUUGCCUCUUGUCUGCGUUUACUCUUGAAAAUGACAUUGUACCAUAGUGGAUUGCUCCUGCUGAAUCUGCCUUAACAAUGGCGCCCCUGGUUGAUGAAUAUUAUGAUCAGUUACUGAAUUCCUUGUGGUGCCGGAUCUAUCUACUAUAUAUAGGAGCCUCGACGAACCGCUGGUUUU